AUGCGAGUCUCGAUGUUAACGCGGACCUCUUGGGACAUCGUGGCCUCAGUCGUUCUCCAACGUGCACCCAUCAUCGCGUCACCAAUGAGCCCCAUUGAACGACGAUAUCAAGAUAUGUUGCUGAAAGUCGAGAAAGAAUCUUCUCUUCUCAAUGACCACGAGUUGAAAUCGAAAAAGGAUCAAUUACUGCUGGCGAAGAAAGCCGAAUUGGAGGCUUCCGGAAAGGAUUUAUCCGAAUUGGAGGGCGAAUUAGAAGUGACGAAUUUGAUGAAAGAACAAGAGUGGAAUGCGCGAGCUGAUCGAUUGGUUAAGAACUACAAGUUGAACGAGAGAAACGAUGGAGAAAAAGACGAGAAAAGUCUUCAACGAUUACUCGAUCGACAACUGGUGCUCGUGGUUCGGCAAAAGUUUGGGCAAAAACAGUACGCAAGCCCGUGGAAGUUACCGGAGAUUGAGCAUCGACAGGGAGAAACACUUCGACAAACCGCCGAGCGAUGUUUAGGCGAAGUGGUGAGCGGUGAUUUGGCGGUGCAAAUUCAGGGUAAUGCUCCAGUAUCCAUCUACACUUUUCGAUACCCAAAACCGGUUGCACAAAAGAAGAACAAGAAUGGGGCAAAGAUUUUCUUCUACAAUGCGGUAAUGAGUCCGAAAAGCGAUUUUCAAGUGAACAAGAGUGAAAUCGCCGACUUUGGCUGGCUAUGCGCCGAGGAAUUCAAUCAACGAGUGACAGGGGAUUACAGAAAAUCGGUCCACACGUGUUUCCUCGAA